AUGCAAGUGUCGGUGAAGCUGGCGAGGAAGAGGAAGAAGAAGACAUCAGAUGCGCGUCGUUUGCGGUGGUAUUUAACCGACGAAGAUAUAGCGCCACAAUAUCAGAAAUCAAAAUUUGAUUUUAUUAUAUAAAAGCCCUGCACUUUCUCGCACUUGAAGCUUCCAUAUUUGACGCUAUCUUCGAUUUAAGCUCUUUCUCCGCAUCGGAUCUGGGGCUUCUUCGCUUUCUUUUGAAGGAAAGGGAGGAAAAAAGAGGGAGACACUGUUGUUUAUUGGUUGAUUAUUCUUUUGGGAAAGCGCCGAGCCGUGUCAAACAAGUAAAAUUGCAUUCAAUUAAGCUGUCUUCGAUAUAAUUGCAAGUUAAGUUGGAAAUUGUUGUUUGAUGAAGCUAGAUAUAUUUGUUAUCAAGUUUCACCUGUGAAUAUAAUAUAUAUUGUGAAGAGGCCAUUCCUUCUAAUGGGUUGACUCCAAGAUUCAAAAUUUGGUUGUUUCCAUUUGGGAGGGGUGUAACGUGGCUUUGAGCAUUUGGAGUCCGGGGAGGGAGUUAGCAAUUAACUUGAGUUUGGUUCAUUAUAAUGGAUCAAAAGAGUCCGAGGGAAAAGGACUUUGAAGUUGAUCUUGAAAAUGGGGUGGUAGUUAGUGAAGAAGAUUCAAGCGAUAGCGCUGUUUCGAGUACUAAGAAGCAGGCAAAGACAUUAAUUGCUAAGGUUUGUGGCGGACUGUUGGAUGGAACAGUUAAAGUUGAAGAUAGGAUCGGUUUGUGUGGCAAUGCGUCCAACUCAAGUGUGGUGUGCCCCACUAACUUGAAGGUGGCAACAAACAAGGUGCUGGAGGGGAAUGAGUGCAUAGAUCAUGUAGAGAAGUCAUGGGUGAAGGACAAGCGGAAGAAGACGAACAAUAAAAAGCCUCCUAAACCUCCCAGACCUCCAACAGGCCCAUCAUUGGAUGCGGCGGACCAGAAGUUAAUCAAGGAACUCUCUGAGAUUGCCAUGUGGAAACGUGCAAGGAUUGAGCGGAUGAAAGCCUUGAAGAAGAUGAAAGCUGCUAAGGUAUCGUCUUCCAAUAGCAGCACAUUUGCCAUGCUGCUCACCAUUCUCUUCUGUCUCGUGCUAAUCUUACAAGCAAUUUCGUAUAGAAGAAGCUCACCUGUAAACUUUGAGGGAUCUCCAGUGUCUGCAGGAGGAGCAGAGGGCAAUUUGAUCUCAGUUCAGUACUAUCCAAAUCCAUCAUCAAAUGAACCUGGUUCUGCGUCCCCCAAUAUCGUAGAGCAGGUUGCUGGUUCGGAUCCACAGGAGAAGCUGAAAAGAUGGGUAGGGUGAUAUUAUAACGUUGUUGCCUAGUCUAUGUUGAGCAACAAAUUCCACAUGCCUUUGAAUCCUCGUGCAAGCCAUUGAUGCUUGCACUUUUUUGUAUGCAUGAUUACAGAAGCUGAAUCUAGCUAGGUAAUUGAUACCCUGUAUGUACAGAGAGAGAGAGAGAGAGGUUACAGUACAAUUUUGUGUUUUGUAGGUGAUGUCAAAUGCAUACUGAUAAAGUUGCCGUCUAUGCAACUGGUUUGGCCUCUAAUAAAGUUGUGGCAAUUAUCCGACUAGAGAA